ACCCAGCAGGCUGGCCAGUAGCCUUGAGCAACAAAUUCGACUGAGAAUAUUCAGUUAGUCAGAUUCGUGACCGAAUCCACAACCUAGAGUCAACUACACGACAACGGGACAUGAGUGCGGCGCUCAAGGCUAAGUCAGAAGGCAGCGAGUUGCUGGAUGAGGGGUUCAAGGCCGUUUUCUUUGACUUGGAGGAUGAAGAAGAGGGGACCACCAGCUAUUCGAUAAGCAAUUCGCUGUCGGAUAUUCCAGGGAUUCCAGCAGCAGGCACAGAUACACAAGCUCAAGAAGAUGGUAAAAUCGAAGUCGCCCGAGCAGGACAACAUGGCCCAGCAGGCCGCAAAAACACGCAAGAAGCUGGAGGAGGAGCAGAAACGUGCGUCAGCAUGGAGCAGCAGCUGAAGCGAGCCUGUCAGGAGAAGCAGCAAUCAGAGGAUCUACCGGACACUGCGCGAAAAGUGAAAAUCGUUAGUCAUGUGCUUAUACUUCAAGUUAAUCACAUAAAAAAUUUAUUCGAUGGAGGCUGGAUGCUUGAUAUCCGACACCACUUGAACAAUGGGCACAGAGGAUUGCGAGAAUGGAGAUACAGUCAGGUUUUUGUUGUAGCGUAACUUCAUCUUGUUGCAGGUUUUAGAUUAUAUUUUACGCUUUUUCGAGUUUUUCAAGCUGUUUAGUUUACUUCGUUUGAAAGUAGACUGUAGCUGCUGCAGCUCGCUCUGCAGACUGUUCUUCUCCGACGCCAGCCUUUUGGCCUGCUGCUCUGCAUUGAACUGGACGCUCUGUAGACUUUGCUUGAGCUUAGCGAAUUGUUCGCGCUGCCACCAAGAGGCCUUGGUGCCGAUCCAGCUCCAGGCGGAGCGCAUCCGCUGUCUCCCACUUCGUGGACAUUCGCCAGUUGUCCUCCUUCAGCCGAUCACAUUCCUGUUUGAGAUUCUUGUCCUCGCUCAAUUGCAGCAUGUCCAGUUGAAUACUCUUCAGCUGGCUGUCGGCCUUCUGGCGGCGAUCCCGCAGCGCAUCCCGUUCGGCUAUCAACAGAUUAAUUUUCAGCUGUAGCUGCGAAUAGCUUGUGGCCAAAUUUUGUUUCACUGCGCCCCAUUUCUGUUCUAUUUGCACAAGGCGCAGCUGCAGUCGCGUUUUCUCCUCACUCAAUGUAGCCACGGUACGUAGUGCCUCCUGCUCCUGCUCACGCAGCAGGAGCAGUUCCUUCUUCCGCUCGUCCAGUUG